CGGCGUAAAGACGAGUUUUUGACCACCGCUAGAGAUCCUGCGAGCGUCCCAGUCACUUCCAGUCGCAGUCCUACCAGUGUCCUCCCGGCAGGUGUGUGCGGAGUAGUGCAGGUGACGCGGCGGGAGGAAGACUUUUACUAACGAAGCUACAGGACGUCACCAUCACCACCACCAGGAGUAUCAUCACCAUCAUCAGCACCAUGGCCACCUUCACCUCCUGCCUCCGACUCCUGCUGCUCGUCGGCGUGGUGACAGCGUUGCCUCAGACAGGGCGAAGAAUCUGCCCGGACAGCUGCCCUGACACCUCACGCCCUGUAUGCGGCACCAACAACGUGGUGUUCAGGAAUGAGUGUUACCUGCAGAGGGCCGCUUGUACCACCUUCCCGGGACUCAGAAAGCUCAGAGACGGGCCUUGUGUGGGUCAGCGUGGCACCUCUUCCUCCUCUACUCCCGCGAGGUGCCGUGAGGAGUGUACCAAGAUCUACCUGCCUCUGUGCGGAUCUGACGGCAAGACCUACCAGAACCGAUGUCUCUUUGAUCUCGGCAACUGUCGCAACGCCCAGGAGGAGAAGCCCCCAAUUACCAUCAGGAGAGAAAAUGCAUGCGAGGUGGAGCAGGUGCAGGACAUCUGUUACAGGGAGUGCCCGGACACCUACGAGCCAGCGUGUGGGUCAGACGGCGUCACUUACCAUAGCAAGUGCGAACUCUCCAUUGCCAUGUGUCAGGACGAGAGGGUUGGCCUGCACCACGAGGGCACUUGCGCGGGUUUCAGCGGCACAGGAGCAAGACGUCCUUCACAGAGAAUGUCCUCCGGCGCCUCCUCCUCCGUGGUGAGCGAGGGCUGCGCUGACACCUGCACGGGAGGGUUCCGGCCUGUCUGUGGCACGAACAACCUCACCUACGGCUCUGACUGCUACCUCAAGCUGGCCCAGUGCCGCUACCCUGGCCUGGAGAAACGCAGUGAUGGAGUUUGCACUAAGGACUGCUCUCUGCAAUGCGACACCGCCAGGAGACUCGUGUGUGGUACUGACGGCAUCACCUACACCAACGACUGCUUCCUUCUGCUGGCGAAGUGCAAGGAUCCGGCAGUGGGGCGUGACCAUGACGGGCCGUGUGUGUUCGUGGAGAAGCCGGAGUGCAGGCCUCAGCGGUGUGGGGGACGCGGGCCGGCCAUGUGUGGGAGCGACGGCAUCACCUACGCCAACAGGUGCCUCUUUGACGCCGCCACGUGCCACAAUCAGGGCCUCCUCAAGCUGUACGACGGAUCCUGCAAGCCGGACCCACGUAGGUGUGAGCGCUGUGAGGACAACACGAGGCGCCUGGUGUGUGGCAGUGACGGGGUGACUUACCUCAACCACUGCCACCUCACCCUGCAGGCGUGUUUCUCUGGGUACAAUAUCUACAAGCUGGCGAAUGGGCCCUGUCUGAGACGCUGAAGAAGGCGAUGAAGGAGUGAGGGAUUGAGGGAAGGAGGGAGGGAGUGAGGAAAGGAGGGUGAUGUUGGGAGUUGUGUGUCUAAAAAGGGUAUUUGAGAAAAGUACUUGUUUCUUGUCCUGUUUGAGACGCUGACGAAGGCAAUGAAGGAGUGAGGGAUGGAGGGAAGAAGGGAGGGAAGGACAGAGGGAAGAAGGAGAAGAGAGGGAAGGAGGAGUCGAAAGGAGUAUAUAAGAAAGGUACUUGUUUUUAAGUUAAAUUUGAUAGUGGUAAAGGAAUAAGGGUAGAUUUCUAUAGGUAAUAAGGUUAUGCUGGGUGUCUGUAGGGAUAUAUAAUAAAGGUACUUGCAUUUUGGGUGUAAUUUGAUAGGGAUAAAGAAAUAAGGGUAGAUUUCUAUAGGUAAUAAGGUUAAUGUGGGUUUUUAUAGAGGUAAAUGAGAAAUGUACUUGUAGUUUUUGGGAUUUGAAUUCGAUAGGGAGUAACUUAAGGAUAAAUUUUGCUGGAUGGAUGAAAAAGAGUAAAUUGAAUAGGAGGCGAUAAAAGGAUGGGAGGGAGAGAGGGAGACAAGGAUGAUAAAGCUCGAUAAAGUUUAUGACCGUUGAAAAUUGCGACUUAAAAGAAAAGGUAGAUUGGAUUCAUAACUUUACCUCAUCCCAUUUUCCUUGUUUUUGUGAAUUAAUUGGACUCUACUUUUGAUUUUUCUAACCUGGAUGUAACUUUCCCUGCACUAACCUAACCUAACCUAACGUAAACCUAACAUAGCAUAACUUACACUGCCUUACAUGGCCACCCCUCGCACAGCUAAUCACUCUACCUGUCUCACCUCACCCCAGGGAAACACCCAAGGAACACUCACAACAAACAACACAGGUCACACUCUUCAGAAACACUACUUCGUGCACAUCAACAACAGCAAGCAGAAAACACACCCAAGUAACUCUAAAGACAACAUUACAACACUGAAAUAAACACAACAAUACCAACCACGACCACAACAACUGGAAAACACACCCAAGGAACACAACACAACACUGGCAACACUUUUCAGAAACAAGGCUACCUGCACUACAACACUUCUUAAAAACAACCACAACAACAACAACAAAAACUGGAAAACACACACCCAAGCAACACAACACAACACACAACAAUGGCAACACUUUUCAGAAACAUUGCUACCUAAACAACAACAACAACAACAACAACAACAAUCAUCAUCAUCAUCAACACAACACUUACAUUCACUCACACUACACACUUCAAACUUACAAACACUUUUUACUUGAUCUGGAAAUGGAAUGGGUAAACUUGUCCACUGUUUUGUGUGUGAAAUGGGGAUAAGAAUUGGUGGGAAAACUGGCUACUUUGGACACUUUACCAUCCCUUACACUGAACGCAAGUGGAUGAUGAAAGAAGAUUUGUGUUGAAAGUAAAACGAGUGAGUGAGCAAGUGAAAGAUUUUAAUGCAACAGAAAAUAAAUAGAAAUAUGAAAGGAAGAAAAGAAAGUAGAGAGAAGUAUUGUGUUGGGAGAAAAAAGAAAAAUAGAAAAGUACUAAAGAUUUUGAUGUGAAUAAUACGUUAGAAGGAAAAUAUGAAAGAAAAGAAAAGAAUUGAUUUUGAUGAGAGAUGAUGCGUGAAAAAAAUAUAUGAAAAAAGAAGGUAGAAGUAUUGAAGAGUAAAGGAAGAUAGGAAAAAGUAUUGAAUAUUUUGAUGUGAUAGGUAAUACGCCAGGAGGAAAAUAUGAAAGGGAAAAAAAAGCUGAAGAGAAGUAUUGAAGAUUUUGAUGAGAGAUGAUAUGUUAAGGAAAAAAAAUAUGACAAAGUUAGAUAGAGAGGAGUAUUAUUGAAGAUUUUUGAUGUGAUAGGUAAUACAUGAAGAGAAAAACAUGAAAGAAAUUAAGUAAAUAGAAGCAUUGCAGACUCUGAUGUAAGAUAUGAUACGUUAGGAAAAAAAAGAAGAAAAAAAAAAAAAAAGUAAAGAAGUAUUGGAUAAUUUUGAUAUGAUCGAUAAUACGUUUAGAAAAAAAAAUGUUGAUAUAAAUAAAAUAGGAUAUAAUGAUAAAUCUUUUUCAUUAUUGUCUGUUGCAUAUUUCUUGUUCACUUAUUAUUAUUGUUUCAUGUUGCUAGUUUUAUCGUCUGUGUUAAGCCAGUAUUCUGAAACGUUUAGCUCUCUCACCAUCACUGCUCUCAAAAGACUCCAGUUGAAGAUACUCGUGUUUUUAAAGGUGUUCUUAUAGUUCUGGUGAUAAAUUGCCAGUAUUUCUAGUUGGUUAAAAGGAGAAACUGUCUUAAAAUCUCGGCUUUCUGGUGAUAAAUUGCCAGUAUUUCUAGUUGAUUAAAAGGAAAAACUGUCUUAAAAUCUCGGCUUUCUGGUGAUAAAUUGCCAGUAUUUCUAGUUGGUUAAAAGGAGAAACUGUCUUAAAAUCUCGGCUUUCUGGUGAUAAAUUGCCAGUAUUUCUAGUUGGUUAAAAGGAGAAACUGUCUUAAAAUCUCGGCUUUCUGAUGAUAAAUUGGCAGUAUUUCUAGUUGAUUAAAAGGAGAAACUGUCUUAAAAUCUCGGCUUUCUGGUGAUAAAUUGCCAGUAUUUUUAGUUGAUUAAAACGAAAAACUGUCUUAAAAUCUCGGCUUUCUGGUGAUAAAUUGCCAGUAUUUUUAGUUGAUUAAAAAGAUAAACUGUCUUAAAAUCUCGGCUUUCUGGUGAUAAAUUGCCAGUAUUUCUAGUUAAUUAAAAAGAUAAACUGUCUUAAAAUCUCGGCUUUCUGAUGGUGAUAGAUUGGCAGUAUUUCUAGUUAAUUAAAAGGAGAAACUGUCUUAAAAUCUCGGCUUUCUGGUGAUAAAUUGGCAGUAUUUUUAGUUGAUUAAAAAGAUAAACUGUCUUAAAAUCUCGGCUUUCUGGUGAUAAAUUGCCAGUAUUUCUAGUUAAUUAAAAAGAUAAACUGUCUUAAAAUCUCGGCUUUCUGAUGAUAAAUUGCCAGUAUUUUUAGUUGAUUAAAAAGAUAAACUGUCUUAAAAUCUCGGCUUUCUGGUGAUAAAUUGGCAGUAUUUCUAGUUAAUUAAAAGGAGAAACUCUUAAAAUCCCGGCUUUCUGGUGAUAAAUUGCCAGUAUUUCUAGUUAAUUAAAAAGAUAAACUGUCUUAAAAUCUCGGCUUUAGUAGUGAGAUUUUAAAGACUACACGGAUUUAUGGACAUGGCUGACAGUUGGAUAUGUUGUUUCUUUUUUCUUAUUGUCUUAAAAUCUCGGCUUUCUGAUGAUAAAUUGGCAGUAUUUCUAGUUAAUUAAAAGGAGAAACUAAUGAAAACCCUACUAGUAGUCCCUGUGUCUUUGGAAAAUUGUCGUAGUGAGAAGGGAUGCGUUUCUGAAUACUGGCGUUAUACUCUCAUUACUUUUGUUCCUCUAACACUCAUGGCAAUACUUAGAGAUAGACUUGUGGUUUUUAUUGAGUUUUAAACAUUAACCAGUAAGAAAAUAUCACUUUUUAUUUCGUUACUUUAUUCUUCGUUGUAAAUUAUUCGAUAUGAUCUUUUUUUAAAUGUGUAUUGAUUUAUUUUACUCUUAUAAUUAAUUUUUUUUAUAUAAUACAAGAAAAUACAAAUCUUUUCUAUUUAAAUGUUAUAUUUUUUAAAAGCAUCAGUUGGCAAUAUUCUUUUUUUGACAUUUAUCAAUUUUUCUAUUUUCUAUUUUUUUUCAUUAUUCUAAACCUUAUUGUUUUUAUCCUAUAUAAAUCAAUUUUUUUUUUUUCAACCCUUUUCCUUAUCAUCUUAAACCUAAUUAUUUUAUCUUAUAUUAAUCUAUUUUCCUAUUUAUUUUUUCAACUUUUUUCCUCAUUAUCUUAAACCUAAUUACUUUUUUUUUCCAUAUUUGAUCAAUUUUCUAUUUAUUUCCAUACUUUUUUUUUUCUAAUUACCAUAUACAUACCUAACUAUUUCCCCUUCGUAAAUUAUUCUCUUCAUUUUCUCUACAUUUACCUAUUUUCUCUACAUACAUUCUAUUUUUUGUCCUCAUCUUAUACAUACCUAAUAAUUUUUCCCCCUCAUAUACGUUUCCCCAGGUUUUACUGUUCGCGUUCUGCCCUUGUAAUGUAUUCCAUGAGUGUGUUGUGUUGCGCGUAAGACAGAGCGCCACAGGUGUGUUGCUGGGGCCACCUGCGUGUGUGUUGUUGCACCGGCCUGGCCCUUGUGUUAUGAUAAGUUUCAUUAUUAUACUUAGAACAGAA